CGGGUUGUUGUUUUUUUUUGUGUUUUUUUUUUUUUUUUAAGGCUCCUUCAGGUAGUAAGCGGUGCAUGGACUGGCUUUUUUUUCUCCCUUGUUUACAGCUACAGAAGGCAAAAGAGCCAUAAAUCUUGGGGCAGCCCACAGAGACAAGUACAUUUGUAUGCAUCGUUAGAAGCAGCUAAUACCUCAGCCCAUUAGCAAAGCACGGCGAGCCGGAGUUUCCGGUGUACAUUAACUUACAGUUAAAUUCUGGAGGAAAGGGCACCGCGAAUUAACAUAAACCAGAUCCAUCAUAUUGUUUGUCAUCUCCGAGCAGCCAAGCGGGGCGCACGGGAGAAGGGGACGCGGGUGGGGGCAACUUUCCUCGUGGCUGGGGCCGAGCUGGGUGCUGGUUCCUUGGGUUUUAUUUUAGUUUUUUGGCCCCAAAAGCAGGGGGGAUGCUGAGAAGGGAAGGGUUGAUUUUUGGGAAGGGGGGAAUUUGGGUGUGGAAAGGAGCGAAACCAUCCUUGGCGUGUGCGCAGGGACACGCGUGUGCACGGACACGCGUGGACACGGACACGUGUGAGCACGGACACGCGUGUCCCAAAUAGCCACGGGGCUCGCCCAGGGCCCAUCUGUAUGCCGUGCACCACUCCCGGGGAUUUCUUAAUAGGCUUUUUAUAUAUUUUUCUCUCGCCCAUUUUCUUUCUCCCAUUAGCGGAUCGAUGGCCCCUCCGCAAAAGAGACCUCUCCUCCAGAUCCAUUACGCCAGCUAUUUCCUUUCGCUAAUCAAUGCUUUUUUCUCCUCCAUCUCCCCUUCCACCCCUUUCCUUCCUCCCACCCCCCCACCUCCUCCUCUCCAAGCUACACCCCCCCCCCUUCCCACCCCAGCACCCCAAAAAAUCCCCAACCCCACCCCACUGAGGGGCUCAGAGGCUUCAUAAUUCACCCUGGGAAGAGAUUCAUCCCCCUCCCUCCUCUUCCUCUCACCUCACCCAGAUAAUUUGAACUUUUGCUAUCGGUAUAUUAUUAUUUUUUUUUUUUUUUGCAUUCCCCCCCCCCUUCCUUUCCUCCUUCCUUCGCCCGCGAAAGCGUUAAAGGUAGGAGCCCGGCACCCGCAUCCAACAGCAGGCUUUUGUAGGGCUGAUUUAUGGCUUCAAUCUUGGUUCACCCAGAGUUCACGGGGAUUUGCUGUUCCUGAGGGCUAAAAGAUGGUCUCACUUGACAAGUGUGACUAUUGGAAAUGCCUCUCUCGCUCGCUCGCUCUCUCAACUGCUGCGUUUCGAGAGUGUAAAAGGCUUUCUAAUUGAGAAUGAGACUCGGGGGCUGCGCCCCCCCCCUCAUCCCCAUUGCUUUGCUCUUCAAGCGCAGCCCGGAUGGGGGGUCCUGGCUCCGCGCAGGUACCGAUGGUAGGAGAUGGGGUGCAAAAAUCCCCCCAAAUCCCCCCCAAAUAAUGGCUUUGGGCAAGGGCGACAUCCCCCCAGCCCUAUUUUCCAAGGGAAUUCCAAAUAAACCUACCCCCCAGCCCCGAAUUCCUUCCGAGCCCCCGCCACCGUGGGUUUUAAACAAGUAAAAUAGUUUAUGGAAGGCAUCGAGGUCUUAAACUCCCGCAGAAGCAUCAACCAUAAAUUACUCGACGUGACUCGCUUCCCAAUGCGUCUCCCACUGCUCGGGGCCAGAUCCUGACGCCGUUUCCCCCCCCCUUACAUUCCCCUGGAGCCCCCUUACAUCCUCCCCCAGCCUCUUCUCCCCCCCCCCUCAACCCGGCCUCAUCCUCCUGCAUCAGCCAAAAUUUUGUGGUUCUUUUUUUUUUUAUUUAUUUUUAUUUUUUCGGCGCCGUAAACGGGUUUGUGCAGCGAGCCCCCGCCCGCGCUGGGCUGUAGGAUAACCCUUGUGGGAAUGUUAAUCAGAUGCAAAUUCGAGCCGCAGCUAAUCGCUUUCUGGGCCAGCGCACGCGCGUGUGCAUGCGUGUGCGCACACCCAUGUGUGUGUGUGUGUGUGUGCGCACGUCUAAUUUAUGCUCCGAGCUAACGAAGCGGGCUCGGUGCCAAGCGGCGUGCAGGUGCGCGGCCACCUCGUUGGGUCCCCCCCCCUUUAUCCUGGGCAGGAUGUAGCCCCCCCCAUUGCUGCCUGGGUCUGGUGGUUGGCACCCAGUGCAACAGCUGGGUCCCCGUGCGUGUUGUCCCCUCCAUAUGUGUGUGCUGCCUCUAUAUGUGCCUCCACGUGUAUGUACCCCUAUACGUGCCUCUAUAUAUAUGUGUGCCCCCCUCUAUAUGUGCCUCCGUACGCAUGUGCCUCUCUCUGUGCCUCUAUCUGCACGUGCCUCUAUACAUACAUGGCCCUCUAUGCAUGUGCCUCUACAUGUGUGUGCCUCCAUGUAUACGUGCCUCCAUAUAUAUGCGCCUCUAUAUGUACGUGCCUCUCUCUAUACGUGUCUUUCUCUUCUAUAAGUGCCUCCGUAUGCAUACGCCUCCAUGUGUAUGUCUCUCUCUGUGUCUGUGUGUGUGCCUUUUUUUUCUAUAUGUGCCUUCGUAUGUAUGUCUCUCUCUGUAUAUGUGCCUUUUUCUUCUAUAUGUGUCUCCAUAUGUACGAGUCUAUCUCUAUAUGUGCCUUUUUCUUCUAUAUGUGCCUCCAUAUGUACGUCUCUCUCUGUGUGUGCCUUUUUCUUCUAUAUGUGCCUCUAUAUGUACGUCUCUCUCUCUAUAUGUGCCUUUUUCUUCUCUACGUGCCUCCACAUCUACGUGCCUCUCUCUACAUGUGCCUUUCUCUUCUAUAUGUGCCUCCAUACGUAUGUGCCUCUCUCUAUAUGUGCCUUUUUCUUCUAUAUGUGCCUCCGUAUGUACGUCUCUCUCUGUGUGCCUCUCUUCUAUACGUGCCUUCAUAUAUACACACCUCUAUGUGUGCCUUUUUCUUCUAUAUGUGCCUCUAUAUGAACAUCUCUCUCUAUAUAUGUGCCUUUCUCUUCUAUAUGUGCCUUUUUCUUCUAUAUGUGCCUCUAUAUGUACGUCUCUCUCUAUAUAUGUGCCUUUCUCUUCUAUAUGUGCCUCCAUACGUACGUGCCUCUAUAUACACAUGACCCUCUAUAUACGUGCCUCCAUAUCUACGCGUCUCUCUCUAUAUGUGCCUGCCCCUAUACGUGCCUCCAUACGUCUCUACGCCUAUAGAGCUGCGUGUGCUGCUCCUGUGAGCUGUGGGGGGGGGUGUGGGGUGUGAUUUCUGGGGAUGGAGCCACAGAUUUGGGGGGGGGGUCCGUAUGUCCCCGUUUCCGGAUGUCUGUAAUUCUGUAGGGCCCUGUUUUUAUACUUUUUCUAUAUAUUUUCUCCAUGUUUUAAUAUUUUUUCUGUUUUCCUUACCCUCCUUGUGGGCCGUAUGGAUGUGCAGCCGCAGAGGGGGCUGGGUUGGGCCCCCCAGGCAGUGUCACCCAUCAGGGAUGGGGCUCAGGGGGAUGUCACCCUGCCGAGGGUGCUGCUCGGGUGGGCUCACCUAUGGGUGUGAAGGAGGGUGGGGGUCCCCUUGUUCACCCCCUGAGCCCACCCAGGGCCCCCCAGCUCAGACCCCAUGGUCACCCAUCCCCUCCCAUCCCCUCCCCAUACCUCCCAUCACUCAGCAUCUCCUGUAGGUCUCCUAUAGGCCUCCUAUAGCUUUUCUCUCUGCAUUUCGGCAACAUUUGGGAUAUGUCUUUGAGGUCCUGGAAGGCUCCUGCUCCUAGGGACCCCAGACCCUAAAGCACCCACAGCCCCGGGGCACGGCGAUGCUGCCUUGCGCCCCAUCCUCAGCACACUCCCCAUCCCCACAGCUCCCCCAGCAUCACCACCAAAAUGCCCGGCUCCCCCUGCGACGCCUCCCGUGGUUUCUUAAUCUCCCUUAAUUUCCUUAAAACAACGCUCGCCUGGGCUGGAGGCGAGCUUUAAUCCCGGCUCCGAGCCCUGGGCAUAACUCCUGCAUCUCAAUUCGUGAGGUGGCAGGCAUUAUAUUUUGCUGUCACUUUGGUUAGCUGCGUAUUAAAGAAGGCACGGUGGGACGGCGAGAUGGAUGGGGAGAGGUGGCAAUAAAGAAAGAAAGGAGGAAGGAAAAGCAGGAGGGAGAGGAAGAGCAGCCCCAGGUCUGGGGGGGGGCUCAGCAUCCCAACCCAUCUUUGGUGCGCUCUGGUGCUUUUCCCCCAAAAUAAGGGGUUUAAAUCAGCUGGGGAGCCCCCAGGGUUGCUCAGCCCCAGCCCCAGAGAUUUGAUGGCGUGUCCUGUGCCUGGGGGGGAGCUGGCGAGGGUCUGCCUGGGGGGAGGCCUCCUGCUACGGGAACGGGGCUGGGAAAAUUGCAGUGGCCCUAUUAUGUCAUUUAAGGGAACCCCAUCGCUGUGCACCCACCAGCAUCGCGAUUUUGGCAGGUUCAAGCUGGGCGAGACGUGGCCACGGGCAGCAGCGCCGGCUUCCCACCUUGCUCCAUCCCUUUUGGGGACAGGAAUUGGGGCAGGUUUGGGGGCAGCUCUGCAGUGCUACCCCCCCUGCCCACCUCCAUCCCCCCCCCUGGAUGCAGCUAUUCGGAAAGAGAAGCCAAAAUCUGGCAUCGGCACCGUGCUGGAGCAAAAGGGAGAGAAACGAGCAGGUUUGGGAUGCUUUGCAAAAAUCGCCUGUGGGUCCCAAAUUUUUUUUUUAUUCUUUUUUUUUUUUUCUUUUUUCUGUCUUUGGAGGGUGGGGGCCCCUUGCAGCAGCCCCCCCCCAAAGCCGUGUUGUGCUGCACCCACUCCGCCGGCGCCUCCCCUCUUCCUCCCCGUGGGUUAUUGUUUCCUAAGCAAAUAGAGAUGUAAAUAUACGGCAGCUCCCAGGCGGCUUUGACCUGGCAGCACGUUGCAAUUCUCGCUGCCAUUUACACGUCCUCGUCGCACUUAUUUAUUUUUAUUAAAAUAGUUUAAAAAAAAAAAAAAAAAGAAUCAACCAAAAAAAAAAAAAAACAACAAAAAAACGAACAACAACAACAAAAAAUCCCACCCCAAACAAACAAAAGAACCAACAAGCCAAGGAGGAGAGGAACCUCUGGCUCUCCAAGCUGCUGGGAAUAAAGUGUAUUUUCUUUUUUUCCAGGAGGCUCUCUGGGCUGCUUUCUCGGCGAACACUGCUCUCUUGUUCUUAGAAUCACUUUGCCAUCUUGUGGCUCUCGGGAAGGAGGGGCCUCACCCUGCGCUCACCCCCAUUAAUCACCCGGACAGCCCUCGCUUGGCGAGGCCUCUCACCCUUUUCAUCUCCCGGAGAUGAGCAUUCAUCUCCCGUGCGUGUCGGAGUACGGAUGAGGGCUAAAUGCUACCAGACGUGUGUGCACAUGCCCUGGCGUGGUGCAGAGGUGUGUUUUCCCUUAUGCAGGUGCUUUCCUAAUUCGGGAGCACACCCAUGCGUAUAUUUAGGGUGGCUCUGUGCAAGGGACAGAUCUGCAUCCCUCCUGCUUGCCAAAGCCAAAACCCCAGCCGGGGGGGUGGGGGGGGGACGAGCACCCUGCUUGCUGCCGUGAAAUGCCGGCACCCCGGAGGAGCCGGGAGCUCGCCGGCUGCUCGAGCGCGCCCGGAAAAUGGCUGCUGUAAGCGAAUUACAACUCCAUUCCGGGAAUUAAAUCACAACUCGGCGCUAACUCAAUUGCACCUCGUACGGCGGAAAGGUCAAGCGGGACUCGCGCUCGCGGCGUUCCAGUAAUGAGAGCUUCCAGGCAGCCUCGCCCCGCGCUAACGAGACGAGUGGGGCCGCCCCAGCUCCUUCCCCUCCUGGGCUUCUUCCCGCAGCCCUCAGGAGGGUGCAGGAGGCCCCUUGCACACCCUUGCACGCUUGAGGUGAAGGGCAGGUGGCUUUGCGCAGGCGUGCAACGUGCGGCUUUGCACGGAUUUAAUGCAGCAGUGAAUUUGCAGCCAAAAAGGUGGGAGCAGGCUGGGGUGAUAGAUACAUUUUGGUGCAAAGCAUCGCCCUGGUUCACCACGCUGGGCACAACCAGGAGCGGAUUUCUCGUGAUGCAGAGCGCAGGAGCCCGGUGGGAGCCGGGGCGGGCAGCGUGGUUUGGCCUCGUUGCUACACCAGGGCGCAUGGCCCAGCCGUUUGCCUUCAUCAUUAUUAGAUUGGAAAUGCCCCAGGGGACCGGCUGCCCCCAGCACGCUGGAAAUCCCCAGCUGGAAACCCGCUCACCCCCGCUCCAGCCACGGGUGCAUGGAGCAAGAGACGCUGCCUUGAACGCUCCGCGGCGCGCCAGCAGCCCUCUCCCAGCGCCGCGCGAGAACAAUGGACAAUAAAUAAAUAAACACCCGCUUUUUUUUUUCUUUCUUUCUUUCUUUUUUUUUUUUUUAACCCGAAAUCCUCCCCGUGCAUUAGCAUGCAAGGCGCUCGGUGCCGCUGCGUGACCUUUCUUUGCACCGGCUUCUGGGGAGGAGCGCGGCGCGGCGGCGGGCUGCGAGCGGAGGGGAUUGCGAUGCAGAUUCUAAUUUUGCGAUUACUGUCACAAAGCCAUUUGUCACCCGCCCCGGGGAGACUCCGCGGACGUCAGCCCUCUGAUGCUUCUUAUUGCUGGCCUAAUCUUUACAGAUUGAAUUAAGAUUGGGGGACUUUAUCAGCGGAUGGCGCUGGGUGAAGGGUUAGGCGCGGAUUUCAUUUGUUGGGCAAUGGGAGGACUGGAGGCCUCCACCCCACCGAGCCGAAAAGGGAAAACCGACCCCAAAACCAACACCACCGACACCACCAAAACCCACCUAUUACCGUGUAAUCAAAUCGCCUUUGAGACGCUUUUCGGAAUAAAGCAAGAUGGAUGUUGCGUCCGUCCCCCCGUCUGCAGAGCAGAGGCGAUCGCCCUCCAUCCAGAUAUUAAUUCUCCUAUUAAAUUAAAUAACGCGAA